AAAUUAAAUCACUACGGCUAGAAAAUCGAUCAGCAAAAUAAAAUAGAAUAAAAUUUCCAGCUGUCUUGACAUUCCACGAGCCAAGCACGUGUACUAAUAAUGAGCCCCAAAUUAGAAAUCCCUUAAGAUGACUCAGUUGACGACGGAGGAAAAGUUCCAAUUGAUAACUCGGAAUCUCGCAGAGUGGCUCGGAGAAGACAAGCUCAAGACCAUCCUCCAGGAACGGGAUCUCAAAGUCUACUGGGGAACUGCAACCACAGGGAAGCCGCACAUCGGGUACUUCACGCCGCUGUCCAAGAUCGCUGACUUCUUGAAGGCUGGCGUUGAGGUUACAAUUCUGUUUGCGGAUUUGCACGCCUACUUGGACAAUAUGAAGUCUUCUUGGGACCAACUGGCCCUCAGGGUUCAGUACUACGAAGCGCUGAUCAAGGCCACGCUCAAGUCUAUUGGCGUUCCUUUGGAUAAGCUGAAGUUUGUCAAAGGAACUGACUACCAGCUGUCUAAAGAAUACACUUUGGACGUGUAUAAGCUAACGGCCUCAGUAACCGAGCACGACGCCAAAAAAGCUGGAGCUGAAGUCGUAAAACAGUCAGCAGAUCCUCUGUUGUCUGGACUUCUGUAUCCAGGACUCCAAGCUCUGGAUGAACAGUACCUGGGAGUAGAUGCUCAGUUUGGUGGAGUUGAUCAGAGGAAGAUCUUUACUUUCGCUGAGAAGUAUCUGCCGAAGCUUGGAUAUGAGAAGCGGAUUCAUUUAAUGAAUCCUAUGAUUCCUGGUCUAGCUGGUACUAAAAUGUCCUCAUCAGAAGAAGAUUCUAAAAUAGAUUUACUAGACAAUGCAGCAGCGGUUAAAAAGAAGCUUAAAAAAGCAUUCUGCGAGCCUGGAAAUAUUGUUGAUAAUGGAAUUCUUGCGUUCUCUAAGCAUGUUAUCUUCCCGAUGAUGAAAGCUGGAGAAAAAUACUUGGUACCAAGACCUAAAGAGUUUGGUGGAGACAUAGAAUUUGAAAAGUAUGAAGACUUGGAAGCAGCUUUUGCAAAAGAAAUAAUCCACCCAGGAGACUUGAAAGCUGCCGCAGAAGUCUACAUCAAUAAACUGUUAGAUCCAAUCCGCAAGGCGUUUGAAUCAGACCCUAAUUUAAAGACUCUGAGCUCCAAAGCUUACCCGCAACCUGGAAAGGAAAAGAAACAAGUUUCAGUAGAAAAAAAGAACCCAGCAAACCAACCAGCAGAAAUAGAACCCUCUCGCCUAGACAUCCGUGUAGGAAAAAUCGUCGAAGUUUCCAAACAUCCCGACGCUGAUUCUCUUUACGUCGAAAAGAUCGACGUCGGAGAAGCUUCUGGACCAAGAACUAUCGUCAGCGGGCUCGUUAACUUCGUUCCUAUUGAAGAAAUGCAAAACCGCAUGGUGGUGAUCCUAGCUAACUUGAAGCCAGCUAAUCUCCGAGGUGUUGCUUCUCACGGAAUGGUUCUUUGUGCUUCAGUGGACGGAGAAGAAAGAAAAGUCGAGCCUUUAAGGCCACCAGCAGACGCAGCUCCAGGUGACAGAGUCAUUGUUGAAGGCUACGAAGGAACUCCAGAUGAAGUUCUCAAUCCCAAAAAGAAAGUUUGGGAAAAACUCGCCGUUGACCUGGUGGUCAAUGCUAAUGGCGAAGCUUCUUGGAGCGGAAAUUUAUUGGUCACUGCUUCAAAAGGAAAACUCACUGCCGACUCGCUUAAAAAUGUUCCUAUUAAGUAAAAAUUGUAGUUUCAAUUUUUAAUAAAUCUUUUUUUUUUUUUCACUUAA